AUGAUCAUGAUGAACAUGCCACGUAGUUCAAAUUUUGGUUCUAGCGUAUUGGACGAAUGGGAAGGCUUUAAGAGCCAACACAACAAAUUGUACAAAAAUAUAGAAGACGAGAACUUACAUUUUGGAAUAUUCCAAGAGACGUUAAAGAAAAUUGAAGAUCACAAUGCAAAUUAUAGAGCAGGUUUGACCAGCUAUUUGAUGGGAGUCAAUAAAUUUUCUGAUUUGACACCGGAAGAAUUUAGCAAAUUUCUCGGACUCAACAGUUGCGAAAACUUACUCGGAAAUAGUCUCGGUGAAAAUCGAAGCAUCAGAUUCGAAGAACACAUUAGCUCUACUGAUCGAACUCUACCUGACAGAAUUGAUUGGAGACAGAAAGAAGCCGUUUUAAGAGUUAAGACUCAGGUAGACAAAACUUGCUGGGCAUUUGCUGCUACUGGAGCUUUCGAAGGACAAAACGCCAUCAUACAUGGAAAAAAAAUACCUUUGAGUGAACAAGAACUCAUAGAUAAUUGUCUAAGUUAUGGUUCUAGUAGAAGAAAUGGUGGUGAUUUGAUACAUGCCUACCAGUACGUGUUUCAUUAUGGAAUACAAUCCGAAGAAAGUUAUAUAAAUAAGCAACAGGAAGAACCCGUUUUACACAUUGAAGGAUAUAAGACAGUUAAAGAUACAGUUAAAGAUCUAAAAGAUGCAGUCGCUUUUGUUGGACCAGUCGCUGUCGCAAUGUUCGCUGAUGAAAAUACAUUUAAACAUUAUGGAACAGAGUUUUGGGAUCUUUACUAUAACCCCGAUGUAAAGUUGAACCAUGCAGUACUAAUCGUAGGUUAUGACCAAGAGCCAAAACCGCACUGGAUUGUCAAAAAUUCUUGGGGUGCCGAUUGGGGAGACAACGGCUAUUUCAAAGCCAAUAUAGGGACUGAUUCAACCAACUUUGCUCGUUUUGGAACUUAUCCAAUUAUUAAAUAA